CACACGGCGGUGGAACCAUGUGGAAGUCGUCGCGUUGACUUCGAAGAUGAACGUGCUGUAGAUUUUACAGUUAUUAUGGGUGUAUUUUGUUGGGUAGCAUACUGAUAGUGUAGCGUUAGUCGAUGUUUUUAAUGUUGACGAAGUUAGCGUGCUCUUCGUCUCACUGAAUAAUAAUGGGGAAAUCAAAGACAAAGAACCAGAAGAAAGCCCGAGUAACAGCUAACCAUGUGGCCGAGGAGACGUAUGGGUCCAUCCCGCACUCCUUCGUGUUUCACCGGGGUCAGGUUGGGAAAAACGUGGGUCAGCUCAUCGUGGACAUGCGGAGGGUCAUGGAGCCUUUCACUGCAGAGUCUCUGAAGGUCAGGAAAAAGAAUGUGCUGAAAGACUUUGUGGCCAUCGCAGGACCACUGGGAGUGACACACUUCAUGAUCUUCAGCAAGACUCCCAGCUCUAUCAACAUGAGACUUGCUCGACUUCCCAAAGGUCCCACGCUUCAUUUCAGGGUACUCAAGUACUCUCUUGUCAAAGAUGUGGUUUCAUCUCUGAAGAAGCACAGGAUGCAUGAGCAGCAGUUCACACAUCAUCCGCUACUCAUCCUUAAUAACUUUGGAUCUGAUGGCAUGCAUAUUAAACUCAUGGCAACCAUGUUUCAGAACAUGUUUCCUUCCAUUAAUGUGCACAAGGUGAGCCUCAACAACAUCAAGAGGUGUGUGCUGCUGAAUUACAACCCAGAGACCCAGGAAAUUGAAUUCCGGCAUUACAGCCUGAAGGUCGUCCCUGUGGGCAUGAGCCGCGGAGUCAAGAAGCUGAUGCAGGAGAAAUUCCCCAACAUGAGCAAGUUUGAGGAUAUCAGCGAGCUGAUGAUGAAGGGGGCGAACCUUUCAGAGAGUGAAGCAGAGCAGGACGGGGAGCACAACAUAACUGAGCUACCACAGGUCUACUCUGGCCGAGGCAACAUGGCGUCCCAGCAGAGUGCUGUCCGUUUGACCGAGAUUGGUCCUCGCAUUACUCUGCAGCUGAUGAAGAUCCAGGAAGGCAUGGGAGAGGGGAACGUCAUUUACCACACCAUGAUCUCCAAGACCGAGGAGGAAAUACAGGAGAUUCUCAACAGGAAGGAGGCCCAGCUAAAAGCAAAGGAGACACGGCGGAAAGAGCAGGAGCAAAAUGUUGCUCGGAAGAAAGAGAAACGAGAAGAUAACAAGAAAAAGAGCCUGGAAGGCAUUAAAAGGAAACGUGCUGAAGCUGAGGCUGAAGAGGACAGUGAGGUGGAGGAUCCUGGCGCACAGGAUGAUCAGGCAGCUGCUGUUGAAUCUGAUGAUGAGGUGGAGUACUACAGACAGGCUGUAGGAGAGGAUCCAGAUGAAGACAUGUUCCCCAGUGCCAAGAAGAGGCACGGCUCAGACAGAAAUCACGGACCUGCCAAGAAAAGAAAGCUGUCACCUGGUAAAUCAUUUAAAAAAGACAGAGAUGCUAAGUUACCCAAGAGAAACAGUCCAGGAGGACAGCUAGGAGACAAAACAGGAAAAGGAUGGAAGAAAUCAGGGGAUGGGGAGAAACCAUUUGGAAAGAAAAUGAAACCUGGAGGAAAGGCGUUUGGAGCAAAUAAAUCUGGUGAUCGGGAGAAGAAAUUUGGUGGAAAGAAGAAAUUCGAAGGGAACAAAACAAUUGGUGGAAAGAAGAAAUUUGAAGGGAACAAAACGUUUGGCGGAAAGAAAAAUAAGGACAAAUCUUUCCAAUCUAAAGGUCCGAAGGGCAGUCAGGCCUUCAAGAAGAAAGGUGCGGGAGCAAAGCAAGGCUUCAAACAGAGGAAGGGAAAAGGCUGAACCUUUUCUUCGUUGCUUCUGGACUUGGACAUUGAAUGUGUUAUGUGCGGCCACCAGAUGGCAGCAAACUUCCAGUUGCCAUCAGUGCCUCAGCAGUGAGUGAUGGUUGUUUGUGAGACUGUUUAUUGCUGAAAAUCAGAAGAUGAGAACAUAAAUGAUAUAUUUUUCACACUGUGUGAGUUUAUAUUAAAAGCGUACUUGUUCAAUAAAGUGUUAAAAAAAUGAAA